GCGUGAUGACUGUCAAGCAACCGUGACUAAUUAACAACAUUUACAGUAACAAGUGAUGGUUGCCUUUUCUCCAUCAUGUAGUCGUGGUCGUCCAACUUCACUCAGAUGGGCGUUGGGUAUGCGUUGUCUUUCAACGUCGACUCGGAACCCCAUACGCUGGUGAGCCUGGAAACCUCAAGUGCUAAGCCAAACAUUAGUUUCAAGCUGACAAUUGACAGAAGUCUUUCUACGACUUCCCACACGACCAAUGAUCUCCCGCUUUCCGGUGUUCGUGUACUUGAGCUCGGUCAAGUGAUUGCUGGCCCGUUCUGUGGUCAGUUGUUAGGGCAUUUUGGAGCAGAGGUAAUCAAGAUUGAACCUCCUGGAGUUGGUGACCCUUUGCGUGUCUGGCGUGAACUGGAUAUUGAUGGAACGAGUCCAUGGUUCCGAAGCUUAGCGAGAAACAAAAAAAGUGUUACUAUUGAUUUACGAAAAGAAGAAGGCAGACAGCUCGUGAAGAAACUCGCUGUUAAGUGCGACGUACUUCUGGAAAAUUUCAAGCCUGGCACACUUGAAAAAUGGUGUCUUGGCCCAUCGUCCUUACAUCCUGAGAAUCCUUCUCUCAUAUUCACCCGUGUCAGUGGCUAUGGGCAGACGGGCCCUUGGUCAUCUCGACCAGGCUUUGCAUCCGUUUGUGAAGCUGAAUCCGGUUUUCGCUUCAUAAAUGGCAUGCCCGAUCCAGAGCACAGUGGACUCUCUGGCCCGCCUAUAAGGCCCAAUAUUAGUCUGGGAGAUUCCGUAGCAGGACUGCAUGCAGCAUUUGGAACUGUCCUCGCGCUGCUAUCAAGGCAGAAGGUACAGAAACGUGGUGGAGGUGGCGGCCAGACUGUGGAUGUCAGCAUAAUGGAAAGCAUGCUAAAUCUUAUGGAGGGCAUAAUACCAGAGUAUGAUCGCAAGGGAAAGGUCCGCGGUCCUUCAGGAUCCUCCGUAACGGGCAUUGUCCCGACCAACGCAUAUCCCUGUCUUUCUCCUUCCAGCUCAUCAUCUCCGUCUUCGAACGCGUACAUAAUCAUAGGCGCAAACGGUGAUUCGCUGUACCAAAAGCUGAUGAAUGCUAUUGGGCGCGCCGAUCUGACUGGACCAUUAUACCAGCACAAUCACCAUCGUGUCAACCAGCAGGCAAAAAUAGAGGCAGCGAUCACAGAGUUCACGUCCCGGCACACAGUAGAUGAAGUUCUGGAAGUUCUUCGCGGCGUAGGAGUGCCUGCUGGCCGAGUAGUCAACGUAAAGGACAUAGUCGAGGGGGAGCAGGUCCUGGCUCGUGGGGCAGUAGAGGAUGUGCAGGUUGGAACCGAGGAGAGUGGCUGGAAAGUGAAAAUGCCAAGAGUUUUCCCAGUACUUGACGGAUGUAAUGCUCAGACUCGCUGGGCCGGCCCUGAUUUGGGACAACAUACUGAGGAGGUUUUGCGAGGUGAACUAGGCUUAUCAACGCUGGAACUUACUACUCUGAGGAAUAACGGUGUCAUUGGAUGAAAAUAGUGAAUGUAUAUUAUAGUGGUACUUCACCUAUUUUCAUCGUUUGCCAAUAGCAGUGCCGUAGAAUCAGCCUUA